UCCUUAAUCUCAUAUCUCAUGGAUAAACAAACAAAUAUUUGUCCUGAUUCAUCACUUAAGACGCAUUUGGUUGAUAUCCAUGAAGUUUUGCCUGGAGAUGAAGAUGAAGAAGAAGAAGGAAGAACGAGAAUGAAAAAGGGACUAAACAGGCCUGUUAAACUUCGAGAAGUGAAGAGGCCUCCGAAGAGUUUUAGCAGGCAAGUGUCACUGGAGACAGGAUUUGCCGCGCUGGACAGAGAAUCUAAGGCCAGAGAUGACCGGAGGAUUCUCCAGAGAAGUGGUCGUAGCUUUGGAGGCUUUGAUGCUGGUGAUAGAAUUGGCAGAGAUGCAAGGAGAAGUGACUUCAAUAUCUUCAGGACAAAGUCAACCCUCUAUAAGCAGGAUUCUCUGUUGCCCACAAGGAAGGAGAGAUUAGAGAUGGAGUCCAAAAGAACAGAUGACUCAAAUAGGGUUGAUGACUCUGUUGACAGAAGUGUCCCUGCUGGAAGAUACUUUGCUGCUUUGAGAGGACCUGAAUUAGAUGAAGUGAAGGACUGUGAGGAUAUUCUUCUCCCUAAAGAUGAGAAAUGGCCCUUUCUUCUCAGAUUCCCCAUUGGUUGCUUUGGUAUUUGUCUUGGUCUGAGUAGCCAAGCCGUUCUUUGGCGUACCCUGUCAACAAGCCCAGCGAUCCAGUUCCUUCACGUCACGCCAUUCAUCAACCUUUUCCUCUGGCUAUUAGCCCUUGCGGUUCUACUCUCUGUUUCCUUCACCUACAUCCUCAAAUGCAUAUACUAUUUUGAAGCUGUCAAAAGAGAAUACUUCCACCCCGUCAGGGUCAACUUCUUCUUUGCUCCGUGGGUUGCGUGCAUGUUCCUAGCAACGGGUGCACCACCAAUGAUAGAACCCAGGAGACUGCACCCAGCCAUCUGGUGCACCUUCAUGGGACCUUACUUCCUUCUCGAGCUCAAGAUUUAUGGGCAAUGGCUUUCUGGGGGGAAGAGACGUCUCUGCAAAGUGGCAAAUCCAUCUUCUCAUCUCUCGGUUGUCGGGAACUUUGUUGGGGCAAUUUUGGCAUCUAAGGUAGGAUGGAAUGAAGCUGCUAAGUUCUUGUGGGCUGUUGGCUUUGCGCAUUAUCUUGUGGUGUUUGUGACUUUAUAUCAAAGACUUCCCACAAGUGAAGCGUUGCCUAAGGACCUGCACCCUGUGUAUUCUAUGUUCAUCGCAGCUCCAUCCGCAGCCAGUAUUGCCUGGGAAACCAUUUAUGGUGAAUUUGAUGGGCUAUCAAGGACUUGCUACUUCAUUGCUUUGUUUCUCUAUGUUUCACUUGUUGUACGCAUCAACUUCUUCACAGGGUUUAGGUUCUCGGUGGCAUGGUGGUCCUAUACAUUUCCGAUGACAACUGUAUCAAUAGCAACUAUUAAGUAUGCAGAGCAGGUUCCGUGUGUUCUAAGCAAGGGCCUCGCACUUUCUCUUUCAUUCAUGUCAUCUACCAUGGUGUCUUUACUGUUUGUGUCCACACUUCUUCAUGCCUUCGUGUGGCAUACUUUGUUUCCAAAUGAUCUUGCCAUUGCCAUCACUAAGGAAAGACUCGUGAAGGGGAAUAAGUCCUUCAAGAAAGCAUAUGAUAUAAAGCGGUGGACCAAACAGGCUCUCAAAAAGAACAAUUCUGUGGACACAGUUUGAUAGAGAACGAAAUGUGACAUUAACUCCAAACGAGUCUAAGGAAAUCUACAGAGAAUCAUAGUAUCAAUGCCAAACCGACUUCCAGAAGAAUCAGGCAUUUACAUAGUAUUUAGAAUUAAGGAAACGCAGCAAG